AUGCUGCAGAACGCUGUUCUUUGGGUUGAGGAUUUGACUGAUGCCCCUUCAGCCAUAGCUGACAGCUCCCCGAGUCGAAUAUACCUUCUUGAACAGCGAGAUGUGGAAAUUAAUGUCCGUGAUAAAUGGGACAGUACACCUCUGUAUUAUGCUUGCCUCUGUGGACAUGAGGAGCUUGUACGCUAUCUUCUAGCCAAUGGAGCAAAAUGUGAGGCAAACACUUUUGAUGGGGAACGUUGUUUGUAUGGAGCUUUGAGUGAUGCCAUCCGACGUCUGCUGAAGGAGUACAAACAGAUCACGGCAAAGUGCAUGAAGAGAGACUACUAUGAUGUCUUCCUACAGCGGUUGCUGGAGCAGGGUUACCAAAGCGACAUUGUUUUCAUUGUUCAUGGCAAAUCCUUCUGUGCUCACCGCUGUAUUCUCAGUGCUCGUAGUGCCUACUUUGCGGAAAUGUUUGAGACCAAAUGGAAGGGGAAGAACAUGAUAGUGUUGAAGCAUCCACUGAUUAAUCCAGCAGCCUUUGGCUCUCUUCUGCAGUAUCUAUACACAGGUCGUCUUGAUAUCGACGUAGAAUAUGUAAAUGAUUGCAAGAGGUUAGCCAAGCAGUGUCGGCUGCAGGACCUCAUAGAUGAUUUGGAGACCAAAUGUAAAAAAGUCUAUGAAUUCGUUUCUUCCAAGCCAGGGACCUGUGUGAAAGUGCUGACGAUUGAGCCCACAGGUAACUGCCAGCUGCAGGAAGAUCUGGCUCUCCUAGCAGACUGCGCCCUGCCGGCCGAACUGCGGGUUGGUUUUGGGGAGUUGCCGUUUGACAGCACUGACAACUUUAACAGUUGUCCUGACGUGUGUUUCCGGGUGGCAGAUUACAACUUUCUGUGCCAUAAGGCAUUUUUCUGUGGUCGCAGUGAUUAUUUCAAAGCCCUUCUUGAAGACCAUUUCAGUGAGAGUGAGGAGCUGCAGACACAGCCCAGCAUCCCUGUGGUGACUCUCCACAACAUCUCAGAAGACAUCUUCAUCCGAGUCCUCUACUACAUCUACAGUGAUGAUACAGAGCUGUCCCCGGAAAAUGCCUACGAUGUGCUGUGCGUGGCAGACAUGUACCUGCUGCCUGGGCUCAAGCGCCUUUGUGGCAGAACCUUGGCUCAGAUCCUUGAUGAGGACAACAUUGUCAGCAUCUGGAGGAUUGCAAAGCUGUUCCAGCUGACCCGGCUGGAGGACCAGUGCACUGAAUACAUGGCAAAGAUCAUCGAGAAGCUGGUGGAGUUGGAGGAGUUUGUGGCUGCUGUGAAGGAGAAUGCGGAGGCUGUGGAGGAACGGCAGGAGACUGACUCCAUUCCUCUGGUUGAUGACAUCCGCUUCCACAUCACCAGCAAUGUGCAGACUUACAGUGCCAUCGAGGAAGCCAACCAGAAACUUGAAGCUUUGGAAAACCUCCUGGCCAGCAUAGGGCUUGAGUGCUGAUGAGUGCAAACCCUGGCUGUCAUAUGCAGCCUGCCUAGCCCCCAGUGGGUUGGCUUGGAGUGCAAGAACAUCUGUCUCUCUGAAUGUCUCUCUUCCCCUCCUUUGUCCUCCUUCCCAUCCACUUUCAGGCAUGGUUUCUUUUUAAUUUAUUUAUGUCUGGACAGUUGUGUGUCUGGUUUGUGUUUGGUUUUAUUUUAUUUUUUGUUUAUCCUUUCAGAAGUAGCUCCCGAAGCUCAGUCCAAAUCCGUAGCUGCUGCUUUGUACAAUACAGUGCAGAUAGGAGACUGCAAGCUGUUAGGGGUGGUAAGGAAGCUGUUCUGGGGGACUUGCUACUGCUGGGUGUUAGGACCCAUCCUGUUCUGUUGCCCAACAACACACCUCUGAAAUUGGUUCAUGCCAGGAUAUUUGUUGAAUUGCCACCAGCAGGGGAAGAAAACUGGAUUAAACUGUCCAAAUAAUAUAUUGGAAAGGAGGUGGCCUUUCUUUCACUGUCAGCAUUAUAAGAUUGGCAAAGGUGGGCAGUGCUUCCCUAACAGGGGCACAGGAGUACUUGGCUAUGUGGAAGGCACUGUCUUCACCUGCUAUUCUAGUUCUUAGAUGAAAAAAACCAAAGUGAUUUCCAGGUCUUCCCUAGCUUUUCAUUGCUUUGAAGUGCUCAGAAUUUAAAAGCUUUGCUUUCUGAACAAACAUCUUCGGGAACACAAUAGAGACCCAGAGUCCUUCCGUUCUUAGAAAGCAGUAGCUUUCAACGCAUAGAAAAGGGAGAGCACCCCUUUUCUUCGUAACAGGAAGGAAACACCUUCUUGGAAACAACACUUCUCCCUUUCUUUUUGUCCAUUGUGGUAGAGCAAAACUGACUUGCUUGGUGGGUUAGGGAAGAGGGGUCACCGGAAGUCUUUUUUAAAAGGAAAAAGGGCCUUUUGGGUCUAUUGCAGGGCAGCUGUCCCACUUCUCGACCUUCUGGCUUUGCUCAGCCUUGAGCCUUGUAGCUUCAUUGUUCUCCAGGAAAUUCACUGUUUGUACUAAUGAAUGUUUUUGAAUCUGUGUUCUGCAGUAGGUCGUGUUAUCUCGUGUUGUCUCCCUAGAUUCCUAAUGAGGGUAAUGAUGUUCCUUCUCCUUGGCACCAAUCAGCAGGCGAUACCCCUGCAUAAAGCUUGCCUUGCCAAAUAGGCUGCCCUCAGAGCUGUUCACCUCCAGAAAGGCAUGUUAUGAGAGUCUCGGGUCCCCAAGGCACAGGCCGGGCAUACUUUGCCGUGCUGUGAGUUGGGAGGGAGAAGAGGCGUUGUGUGAAGUGCACAAGAGAAUCUUGCACAGGCAGUGGGCUGCCAUUACUAAUGCAUGUUGUCAUUUUGGUCACUUUGUGAGGCAAGAGCUUGAAAUAAUCCAUGUCAGGUGUGCUUUUAGUGUUUGAGGUGGGAACUGGACACGGAUCCCCUGCAGCUUCAAGGUGUUGUUUUCUGUAAUGGUGGUGAUACUUCACAUGGAUAAGGAGAGGGUUUGGAGG